AGGGAGGUCAACAAGCCUUUAACCCCGACUUCAGAUGCACCUCCUCCAUCCCGGGAAAUACACAGCUUCAGCAGGAAGCCCCACACUCUCCCAGCCCAGCCAUGAUGUGGAUGCUGAUGCUUGAGGAAGAGAUGCUGUUGAUGCUGAUGCUGCUCGGCCGCUUUCCUGGUUCUCCACAGCCGCAGGAGACCCAGCGAGUACUGGAAGAGCCAGGCCAGCACGAUAAGCAAGGAGGCCAGGAAAAGCCCCACCAGACACAGCCAGCUCAACCUCUGGAGCUCCAUCACCAUCUUUGGAAGCCUCUCAUGUCCAUAUGGAAAUGUUUGAACUGUCAGAUGAGGGCAGACCUCCUUUAACCCUUUAACCUGUGCGUGGCAGCAAAUAUCCCGUGAGCCUUGCAGCAUUUUCCAUUAUUAUAAUACACUAAACAGAUCAACAACAGGGGUAGUGGUGUUAUAAUAUGGUCUUAACUAGCUGGUUUGGGGUUAUGACUCAAUACAAUGCACGAGUGAGCGUGCGUGUGCAAGGUGCAUUAGAAGAGAGGAAGGGCAGGAAUAAAAAAAAAAUGAGAUAAACUAUCCAAAUGAACCCACCGUUUAACUUGGACGGUCUUGGCUGCAGCCUGCAGGGAAUCGAAAGCAGGUCGCGGUAACAUGAAGCCGCCUUCAUGGCGAUAAACAGCGGCGCCAAUAACACAUGAGUGUGUCCCAUCGCACAGUCAGGGAGAUUCCUGUAGACGCGUUUCUACUCUAAACGAAUUUUAAAAGGCGUUUUUUCUCUUAAACGUUUUCAUACUACAUGCUCCCCUCGGUAUCGGAUCCUUGUCUCUUGACUAAGUAACCUCUCCGCAAUGAGAGAACGGGGGAAGUGGCGGUGGUGACCAACAGGAGGCGCUGGAGGGUCGGGACCGCAAAUGGCGAAACGAAAAAGGAAAAUAUGCCUUCAAAAUAAAGGUUCAUAGAGAAUCCCCUUACUGGACUCAGAGCCGACGAGGAAGCUGUUUUUCAGUGUUAUUAUGAAAAAGUCAAAUACAUUUAUUUGAAAUAUAUAUAAGUAAGAUAUAUGAAAAAUAAACAUAAUAGUAUCUGUAAAUGUAUACAGUGCGUGCUUUAUUUUGAAAAAUGUAACCGGAGGUAUACAAUCCAUCUGCAACUCGGAACAGGACAGUGAAACUGGUGGUGUUUUGCUAAACAUAUUGGCAUAAAACUUACAAAGGCACCUGGUAUGGGUUAAUAAUGUGUUUUGUGGCGCCAUUGUUCCUCUUUUCCGCAUUUUUGAGAGCGACUGAGGGGGCAACGCGACAUUAGCUAGUUCGGUGACUUGUCAGCCUGAGAAGAAGCACCAAAACAUAAAAACAUGCCGCCAUCGCCUUUCCUACCACUGGCGAUCAAUUGCUUCAUGUCAGCACUGGGGUGCAUGGCCACACUGAAGCUGAUUCCGGCUUUCAAAGACCAUUUCAUAUCGGCCAGAUUAUACGGGAUGGACCUAAACAAAUUGACCAAAAAUCAAGUUCCAGAGUCUCAGGGUGUCAUCAGUGGGACGGUCUUCCUCAUCAUACUCUUCUGCUUCAUCCCAGUGCCUUUCAUCAGCUGCUUUGUAGGAGAUCAGUGCAAUGGCUUCCCACAUGAUGAGUUUGUGCAGCUCAUAGGUGCGCUGUUGGCCAUCUGUUGCAUGAUCUUCCUGGGUUUUGCUGAUGAUGUGCUCAACCUGCGAUGGAGACACAAGCUCCUUCUUCCUACCAUGGCUUCCCUUCCUCUGCUCAUGGUGUAUUUCACCAACUUUGGCAACACGGUUAUUGUGGUGCCCAAACCAUUCAGAGCACUGCUUGGGCUGCACCUCGAUCUAGGUAUUCUCUACUAUGUCUACAUGGGCAUGCUGGCAGUAUUCUGUACCAAUGCCAUUAACAUCCUGGCUGGCAUUAAUGGCAUCGAGUCAGGUCAAGCUCUGUUUAUCUCUGGCUCCAUCAUCGUGUUCAACUUACUGGAGCUCAGUGGUGACUACCACAGUGACCAUGUUUUCUCACUCUACUUCAUGAUACCGUUCUUCUUCACUACUUUAGCGCUUUUUUAUCACAACUGGUACCCCUCAUCUGUGUUUGUAGGAGACACUUUCUGCUACUUUGCAGGGAUGACCUUUGCCGUUGUCGGCAUCCUGGGACACUUCAGCAAAACAAUGCUGUUGUUUUUCAUUCCGCAAGUGGUUAACUUUAUCUAUUCCUUGCCUCAGCUUUUCCACAUUGUCCCCUGUCCCAGACACAGACUUCCCAGGUUGAACCCUGAAACAGGAAAACUUGGAAUGAGCUACUCUAAAUUCAAAAGAAAGGACCUUUCUAAACUAGGACAUCUCAUUCUGCAGGUUGCAGAGUUAUUGAAGCUCCUUGAGGUGCGCAGAGGCCAAGAGGGAGCAGAUGAGUUCAUCGAGUGCAACAAUAUGACCAUAAUAAAUCUGGUGCUGAAGUUCCUCGGCCCCACUCAUGAGAGAAGUCUCACUGUCAUCAUGCUCCUCAUACAGGUGAUGGGCAGUGCAGUGGCUUUCGGGAUCCGUUACCACCUGGUGCGCCUCUUCUAUGACGUCUAGAUAAGUCUCAACACAGAGGGAUGCAGACUGGGAAACUCUUUCCCCUGGAACUACUUUUGAGGCUCAUUGUUUGUGUGCCUUUUUAAAGACUGCAUUACCUCAGUUACCUUUGUUUCUCACACUGCAGUAACAUAUGACACAUAUCCUGUAAAAUUACAGUUAAGUAGAAUAUGUCCACAUCAUGACAGAUGAUAUACUGGUUUUUAUUUCCCUACCUUUCAGUGUCGAUUUUAUGAAUCACCAACAGGAAAGUAUAGUCGAGUUGUAAUCAUGCUUCUGCCCUAAAAUUAUAUUUAGGGCUCGAGCACUGACCAGUGCGAAAGCCCUAUUGUAAUCGUAAUGUUUAUUAUUAUUAUUAUUAUUAUUAUUAUUAUUCUGCCGAUUCGACGGCCAUUUUGAGGGCCUGAACAUGCCCGAAAACUCACCAAAUUUUGCAAGCGCGUCAGGUCUGCCGAAAAUUGCGAUCUGGUGGGGGUCCCGAAAACAAUGUUCCAAAAUUGACUCUCUAGCGCCACCUUUUAUUUUUGAAAAAAUUGGCCCCCGACACCAGUUUCACCUAUCGUCACGAAACUUUGUGGAGACGUCUAUCGUGACAGGACGGACCAAAAAGUCUCAAGAACCCAUAUUGUAAAACGAACAGGAAGUCGGCCAUUUUGGAUGGCGCCGGCCUUUUUCGGGCCAGAAGUUGGGGUCGUAUCUCGACGAACUCCUCCUAGGGGGUUUGACCGAAUGAGUCCGUUGUUGCAUCAACGGACACUAGACGGAUGGCCGACGUUAAAUUGCGAAGGAUUUUGGGAUAUUCCAUACGAUGUGGGCGUGGCACGCCCCCAAAUUUUGCCCUUUUUCAUCUGCCCGGGCCUUGCACGCUGAGCGUAACUGUAGACGUGAAUAACUUGCCUCCACAUGGUCAGAUCUUCAUCAUACUUGGUACAUGUGAUCAUGGCCCCGCCCCGAAGGUCCCCAUAGGUCACUUCCUGAUUUCGUCGCAGCGCCACCUAUUGGCGACAGGCUAAAGGCGUGUCAUCUACAUGAGGCCUUUUCUGGCAGGAGAUUCAUCAGAGGAACACCGAGGUCACAAGGUCACUGCCUGACAGCCUGGUGAAGCCUGUUGAUGGACCAUGAUGCAGGAAAAGCGCACGUGGUGGGCGUGGCCUGGCGGAGAAUGCUCAGGCCUCGCCGUUUACAAAGAAAGGGUCAUCAUUUGCCCGCAGAAGGUCGCAUGUGCUUGAAAACUCAUAAGGGGGGGCAGAUUCCAGGCCUGAGGGCCCUGGUGGGGCCCCCAUUUGAAACCAAGCCAAAUUGACUCACUAGCGCCACCUACAAGUUUUAAAAUAAUUAUCCCUCGCCUCCCGUUGCACGUAUGGGCAUGAUUUUCGGAGGAGACAUCACUCGUGACAGGACGCACAAAAAAGUCUCAAGAACCCAUGUUCAAAAACCAACAGGAAGUCGGCCAUUUUAGGUGGCGGCGGCCAUUUGGGGGAGGAUGUAGGGGUCGUAUCUCGACGAACUCCUCCUAGGGGGUUUGACCGAAUGAGUCCGUUGUAGCAUCAACGGACACUAGACGGAUGGCCCACGUUAAAUUGCGAAGGAUUUUGGGCUGCUACUUAGGAUGUGGGCGUGGCACGCCACCAAACUUUUACUUUAACCUUAACUUUUACCUUAUCUGGCCCUGCCUGGUGUCUGGCCUUGCCUUGAAGCAAUGUACAUCAUGUAUGUGGCGUGGCCACGGCGAAUGGUCAGCCUUCGCCAUUGACCAUCGAAGGCUCAUAUUUCGCCCGCAGAAGGUCACAGGCUGCUGAAAUCUUACACGUAAGGUCAAAAUCCAGGCCUGAGCGCCCUGGUGGUGCUCCCAUGUGACACCAAUCUAAAUUGACACACUAGCGCCACCUAGAAGUUUCAAAUCAUUAUCCCUCGCCACCCGUUGCACGUAUCACUAUGAUUUUCGGUGGAGAAGUCUAUCAUGACAGGACGCACCUAACGCUCCAGAACCCAUGUUCAAAACACAGCGCCACCAACUGGUGGAAAUGUAUAUCUGCUGUAACUUCCUCACGCAUGGUCGGAUCGUCUCCUAAUUUUUUGGGUGGGUUCGGUCACCCUCCAGUCUGUGACUGUGUGUGUAUAUGGACUCUAUAGCGCCACCAACUGGUGGAAAUGUAUAUCUGCCAUAACUUCCUGAUUCAUGGUCAGAUUGUCUUGAAUUUUUUUUUGGUGUGUUGGGUCAAUCUCUGGUCUGUUAUACUGUGUGUACAUAGACUCUAUAGCGCCACCAACUGGUGAAAAUGUAUAUCUGCCGUCACUUCCUCCCACUUGGUCCGAUCUGCCCAAAUUUUUUCUGGUGGUUUGGGGUACCCUCUGGUCUAUGACUGUGUGUGUACAUACACUAUAGCGCCACCAACUGGUGGAAAUGUAUAUCAGCUGUAACUUCCUUCCACAUGGUCGCAUCGGCCCCAAAUUUUUUCUGGUGGUUUGGGGUACCCUCUGGUCUAUGACUGUGUGUGUACAUAGACUGUAUAGCACCACCAACUGGUGGAAAUUUAUAUCUGCCGUAAAUUUCUCCCACAUGGUCGGAUCUGCCCGAAUUUUUUUCUGGUGGUUCGGGGUACCCUCUGGUCUAUGACAGUGUGUGUACAUACGCUAUAGCGCCUCCAACUGGUGGAUAUGUAUAUCAGCUGUAACUUCAUUCCACAUGGUCGGAUCGGUCCCAAAUUUUUUCUGGUGGUUCGGGGUACCCUCUGGUCUAUGACUGUGUGUAUACAUACACUCUAUAACGCCACCAACUGGUGGAAAUGUAUAUAGCCGUAACUUCCUUCCACAUGGUCGGAUCGUCUCUAAAUUUUUUUUGGUCGGUCGGGUCACCCUCCACUCUUUGAAUCUGCGUGUCCAUAGACUCUAUAGCGCCA